CCUCCCGGCUCGGGGCCGCACCGCCCGCGGACCCUCCUCCGAAGGGAGUCGGUUUCCUGCCGCUGCCGCCGCCCGGCACUCAGCGCUGGCUCCCGGGGAGCGGCCGCAGCGGAGAUGGGACCCCGCGCCGCCCCGCUCCUGCCUCUGCUGCUGGCUCUGCUCGGCCGAACCGAUCCUGGGAGAGCUGAGGGCUGUGACCUGCAGCCGGUGACAGCAGAGCCGCCCAUCACCCUGUCCUAUGCCACCAGCACCGUGCCACGGGGAUGUGCCAGCAGCAGCUCCAUGGGCACCAGCCAUGAAGUCCACGUCCUCAGCGUUGAGUGGUCCAAGGCUCCUGCUCUCCCACUGAAGGUGUUGGUCACCCCACGGGCUGUGGGCUGCGCCCGGUCUGCAGUGCUCAUACUCCUGUGCUCCUACUGCUCGGCCACCAUCACCUCCCCAUGCCCAGACCUGCUCGUCCACACCGACGCCCACCUCAGCUCGGGAUCCACUGUGACAAAGAGUCCCAAGCCACCUGUGGCCACCGGCGAGGGGCAGCUGCUGGCCUGGGUUGAGGACACCUACGGGGGCAUCACCUCCUACAGCGAGCUGCAGGACCCCCGCUUGGUCCAGCUGCGCCUGGGAGAAGAUGCUGGAAACCCCCUGGACUGCAUCCCCCAGAAGCAUUUCAAUGCCACGCAGCACCUGGAGACUGAGGUCUUCUUCCAUGGGGUGAAGGGCUGUGCACACGGGGACGCCCAGAGCACCAGGGCUGCCCACAUCGUCCAUCUGCAGCAUGACCCCAGCUCCCCUGUCACGGAGGUGAACCUGUCCCUGAGCUGUCCCAAGGGAGUCAUCACCAACCAGAUCCUCAUCCUGCAGAGCCGGACCAACCUCACCUGGUCCCUCUCCUUCAACAACUGCGACAUCCAGUUCCUGGUCUCAGGGAACUACACGAUCGCUGCCAUCGCCCCACGGCUGCUCCCCGGGGAGCUCCUGCCCGACACGGAGCGGGGCCUCAUUGCCAAAGCCUUUGAGAAGAACUACAGCGUCAUCGCAUCCUACUCCACCAUCCCUGCCAGUGCCCGCAUCAGCCUGGAGAUCCAGAAGCAUGAGGUGGUCAGGAGGACAUCCGAAACACCCACCCCCCCGGCCCCCACUGCUGACCCACUGCCCUAUGCGCUACUGUUCAUGCUCCACCCCUGGAAGUGCACAGAUGAAACCAUGGAGAUUGUCAUCGCCAGGUCACACCUGGAGCCCAUCAAGGAUGUGGUGAACAUCACCCUGCGGGACAUCAGCUGUCAGGCGGAAAAAAAUGCCACUCACUUCAUGCUGAAAACUCCCCUCAGCCACUGUGGUACCUUGCUGGAAGGCAGGGGCCAUGCCAACAACGAGCUCAUCCUCAGCCAGGCCAAGGGUGCAGCACUCCGAAGCGUUCGGGUGGCCUUCCAGUGCAAGAUCCCACGGGAGCUCUUCCUGCGCCUCUUCCCCACCGCUGCCUUUGAGGUGCCACAGACAGAGCUGGAGGUCAACAAAGAAGCCUUUGUCCAGGCAUCCAUGCGGUGGGAGGACCACCCUGCUGACCUGCAGCUGAAGGAGUGCUGGCUGGUGGCACCAGGCCGGGAGCCAGAGCUGCUGGUACAGGGUGGGGAGGCACGUGGGGAGGGGGUGGCCGUCAUGGAAGGUCCCCCCAGCACCCGUGGGAGGAAGGUCUGGCGCUUCCGCUUCACCUACGCCGUCCCUGAGGGCGGGAGAGUCCCCUUCUCUGCCACCCUCAAGUGCAAAGCUGGCUUGCAGAACAACACCAUCUUUGAGAAGGUCCUGGAGGUGACAGUGAAGGACAGCUGGCGGCCACCCAACACCCGUGGGCUGGGUCUGGCUGCUGUCCUGGGCAUCACCUUCGGCGCAUUCCUCAUUGGGGCACUCCUCACCGCCGGGCUCUGGUACAUCUACUCACACACCCGUCCCAUCUCCAAACUGCAGCCGGUUUCCAGCACGGCACCGGCCUCGGAGAGCAGCAGCACCAACCACAGCAUUGGCAGCACCCAGAGCACUCCCUGCUCCACCAGCAGCAUGGCCUGACCCCCUUGGUCCCCCCCCGAGCCCACCCAGACCCCAGACGCUGGACUUGGAGACCGAUCCCGGCCCCAUUAAGCUAGUUUUUUGCCCCAGAUCUCAGGCCAAGCCCGGAGGAGGCCUCCGUUACUCAUUCAAUGAAUGCUUUGGCCCCCCGAGCGCAGCCCAUGUAGGGGGGGAGCAGCCUGCAACCCCCCCAAGGUCUCCCACUGCUGGGUGCACUGGGGAGGUGGAGAGAAAUCAGCUGUUGCCAAAGCCCCCCCAAGGCUCCCCAUCAAAUGGGUGUGGGGGGCAAAAGUGGGAACCCCCAGGAUGUGCUCUAGCACAUGGGGUGAUCUCCACACCCCUCCUUCGCCCCCCCAAGAAGGCAGUGGACACCGCUGGGAGCAAGAGAUUUACUGGGGAUGGAGGGGGUGAGGGGCUGCUGCCCCCCAUGGGGUGAUGGGCAGAAACCAACCCCACCCAUCCCCUAGCUCCCAAUCCAAGUUACAAACUGUUAUUAAUAAUAAUAAAAAUCUCCCCUAUGUUAAA